AUGUCAUUUCGGCCAACACAGCCUUCUCCUUCGUCCUCCAACAACUCUCCCAUACCAACCACAUCAUCAUCAACCUCUCCUUCCAUAUCUUCUUCACUCAAAUCAACAUUCUUUAAAACAUUAACGGGAGGUAAUAAUCAAACACCAACAACUUCACAAAGUUUUAAAAUCAGUGGACCAAAGACAACAACAAAUAAUGCUACAUCGGCAUCAGGAUCAGCAGAAUCAAUUCUGACUUCAAAACCAAGUAACAAUUUAAAAACAAUAACAUCUGGAAGUCAAAUGUCAGUUCAGGAAAUGGUCGAGAAAAUUAACAUUUUACAAACACAAUUAUUUAUCGUGACAAAGGAGAAGCAACAAUUAGAAUACAAAAAUCAGUUGUUAGAACAAGAGAAUCAACAACUUCAAAAACUUGUCAAAUCAAAUCCAAAGAAUACACAACUUUCCCAUCACGAUUCUAAAAUUGAUUCACUUGUGAAAAAGUAUGAGAAAAUACAGGAACAUAACAUUUCUCAAUUAGGAAAAACAAAGAAAAACGAAGAGACACUAGUUUCCAGUGAUACUGAAGAAGAUACAGAUUCUGAAUCGAGUACAACACUUUCGAGUGGAUCAAGUUUCAAACUUCCUGGAUUGACUGCUUCAAAUGAUGAUCUAUCCUCGAAUGAUUCAUCGACUGUUAAUGAUCAUUUGGAUGUUGACAAGUUAUUGGUAAAUGCAAGAGAAAGAAAGAAGAGACUUCCAUCAGUAUUCAGAAAGGAAUCUCCUCUAAUUCUCAACAAGACCAAUUCAUCUUCAUCCCUCACAAAUACAAUUGAGAAGAAAUCAUCAAAUUUAUCUGUGGAUAGUGUUUCUUCUUCAUCUUCCACAACAGCAGCAACAACAACAGUACAAUCAAUCAGAGAAAAGGAUAAGACAACAAACGGCAAACUGAUCAUUGAAUAUCCUGUCAAUCCAAUUUUCAACAAAUCUCAACAGUCAUCAUCCAAUGGAAAGAGAGUAACUAAAGGUGCCAGAGUAUCACUCAUUCAAAUGGAUGACUUGUUUUCUGAGCUUGUUCAAGGAUUUGUUGUUGGUAAUGACUCUAAAUUGAGUUGUGAAGGAGAGGCUAAUGGUGCUGCCAAAUAUGCAACUGAAACCUUUUCCAAGGAUAUUAUUCAACAAUGUAAGGAAUAUAUUCAAAAAGAAAAGGCCUCCCGUGGACUCAAUGAGGGAGAAGUCUUUUGCAGUACUUUCUCAAUGCCAAAUCGUACUAAUGGACAAUGUCAUUUGAUCCAUCUCUUUACUGGCAGCUCAUCUUUACAUGUUAUUCCAUCAAAGAAUUCCACUGAUUUGGAUGGCGUGAAUUUGGAUUCUAACGAGUUGACCAAAACCAAAUUUUAUCACUCCCUUAGUAAUGCUGUAAGAAAUGCUUUGGAAUGUGUUGAUACUCUCGAAUGUCAAUCUAUUGCAUUUGCACCAUUUUUAGCUCAUAAUGGCCAAAAGAUUGUUCCACAAUACGGUCUUUUGAAGAGUCAAUGGGUGGCAGCUGCCAGAUGUUUUUUCAGAUCAACAUUUGAACAUUGCAUUGAGAAUCGUCUUUCAUCUACAUUGUUAGAUAUUCGUUUUAUUGUAACAUCCGAAGAAGAAUCAAAAAUUUUGAAACAUCACUUUGAUUUGGAUUUCCAAUUCUUUAUUUUCAAUUUUGUUAAAUUCCAAGCUCAAUUUUCCAAACCAGCAUCAAAUGCCAUGAGCAUGAGUGUCACUCAAAUUCCAAAGGAAGAAAGCCAAAAAGAAAAGGAUCCAAAAGACUACUACGACUAUGACUUUACUCAAACCAAUCAAAAAUAUGAAGAGGAUUCACCAGAAAAUAUCAUGUGGAUGGAAUCUACAGAUGAAGAAUCUGAUCAAGCCAUGGAAAUCAAGUGUGCAACCUUGGACAAGCUCAUUGAACGUGUAACUUUUUACAAAAAUUAUGAUAAUGCCUAUUUGUAUGCCUUCUUGCUCACUUACCGAUCUUUCACAAGUCCACAUGACUUGAUGGAUAGACUUUUUUCCAGAUAUAAUCUCCCUCCACCAAAUCCAAAAACCAUUACAAAGAAUGAGUUUGCCAAGUGGCAAGAAGAAGUUUUACAACAAGUCAGACUCAGAGUUACCCAAGUAAUCAAAUUCUGGCUUGAAAAUCACUAUCAUGACUUUGAAAAUGAUGCCGAAUUAUUAGAAAAGGUUAAAAAAUUGAGUACCGUUAUGGAAAAUACUCAAGGAAAACACUUUGCUACCCAAUUAUUGAAUUCUAUUAAGAGACAACAAUCUCUUACCACAAACAAUGUCGAGGUUUUCGUAAAGAUUGAGACAGCUGUCAAGUUUCCUAAAAAAUAUAGACCAGGAAAGGAUGAUUUGACCAAGUUUGAUAUUCUAGAAUGGCCAAGUGCUGAAAUUGCUAGACAAAUAACUCUCAUUGAAUAUAACAUGUUUAAAUCAAUUAGACCAAAGGAAUGUUUGAAUCAAUCAUGGAAUAAGGAGUCAAGAGAGGAAAAGGCCUAUAACAUCUUCCAAAUGAUUACUUGGUUCAAUCGUGUCAGUAGAUGGGUUGCAACCAAGAUUUUGAGCGAACCAAGUCUUAAAGAAAGAAAGACAAUCCUCACCAAGAUGAUUCAAAUUGCUGAAGAGUGUAGAAAAUUGAAUAAUUUCAAUGCUGUUUUUGAAAUUGUCAGUGGUUUACAAAAUUCUGCAGUUCACAGACUUAAAAAGACAUGGGAAGCACUCAAGAGCGAAAGUAGAAGAGAUCAUGAAGAAUUACUGGCCAUCAUUAGUGGUGACAAUAACUUUAGAGCUAUCAGACAUGCCAUUCUCUAUGUUAAACCACCAUGUAUACCAUACAUUGGAGUCUUUCUCACUGAUUUGACAUUUAUCGAAGAUGGUAAUCCAAACGUUCUCAAUGAUAAGAUUAAUUUCAUCAAGAGAAGAAAACUUGCCAUGCUCAUCAGAGACAUCCAAACCUAUCAACAAACUCCAUACUCCCUCCAAAAUGUUCCAGAGCUACAAGAAAGACUCAAGAAUAUUCACAAUAUGGACGAAGACAAACUUUACAAGCUCUCCUUAGAUUACGAACCUAGAACAAAACCUGCUGUAAACUAUUAA